AUGGCCCCACAGCUGAAAGAAGUAGGCUUUGCCCUCUUCUUCCUCCUAUCAUCUACCUUUGCGUUUGACCAGGCCCCACGAAACCAGCCCCGGCUCCGCUCAAACGCAACCCUAGACGUCACGAAGCUCAGCAGCAUAAACACUCGUGAUUUGUUCGGUCUCGAAAGUCGAGAUUACUACGAGUGUCCAGCUGGGUACGCUGAGUGUAGCGACGAUACUUCGACCUGCUGCGCUGUGGGUAAAACAUGUUGUAGCACUACGGACUACUGCGCUUCGCCGGGCGGUACAUGCUGUGCUGUUGGAACUUGUCCUAGUGGCUGGAACUGCUGCGGUAAUGAUGGAUACUGCUCGCCUGUCGGCGGGGAGUGUUGUAAUGGUGGAUAUUACUGCAAUGUUGGAUAUCAGUGCAAGAUCUAUGACGGAGAGGAUGUCUGCUGUCCUGAUUCGGGAUGUGUGGGGUCUGAUGGGACGGGCGACUAUGGUACUACCGUUGCUGCAGAUGGGAGUGCUACUGAGUCCGCGACGAGGACAAAUACGUAUAUGACGACGUCUACGAGCUCGUAUACAUACUCGUAUACCUAUGAUGAAUACUCCUACUAUUAUACGACGUACUACUGGACAUUCUGGUUCUACUUCUGGACUUCUUACUCGCCUUAUACCGAGUCAACUGUCACUUCGACAAAGACUACCAGUACGGAUUAUUGGUCUGUUUAUGCUUCUGAUAGCGCUAUGGCUAGUCGAUCGUUUGAGUAUAGUGCCGAGGUCUUUACUCAGUCUAUACCUUACUCUGCUACGUAUCUGGAGAUCUCGACCACUGCUUAUGCCCUUAACACGGGGGCUGGCGAGCUACCAACGUCAACAUCUUUGAGUGGAGAUAUUCCGCAUAAGGAUGCGGCAGCUCCGGUUGCUGUUAACCGGUGGGUGCCUUGGGCUUGUGCAUUAUUUGGUGGUCUCAUGGGGGGUUUGGCUUUUGGGCUGUGA